AUGGGUAAGCGUCGGUCUAAUAUGCUCGCUAGUCAAAUAAAGGACCAAUUUGUCAAUGCUCCUCAAGAAAUUCGGAUAGACUUUCUGCGUAAGAAUGAUCAGGCGCGUGAGACAGAGUCGAAAGAUCUACUUCAAACCCUCGCUUCAUUCCAACAGGAGUUUGAUCAGUUAACAUCGGUAUUCAAUGCUAAAGCCAGCAAGUCGAAUUGCUCGACAAAAGGAAAAGAUUCCAAACAGGAAUCAGAAACAGAAAAUCAGGGUCUUGGACUGGAGCUGGCAAGUGGGUGGAAAAGUUGCUCGGCAACGAAAGUGGUCGUCAAUCCCGAAAUCAGUCAGAAAGUUCAAGCCGCAGAGUCAGCUGCUUUGGCGAAAUACAUGGAUCAAAUGCAGCUACAAAAUCAAAUCGCGCAAAAUAAUGAAGCCAUGAAAUCUUAUGCCAGACCAACAACCCAUUCUACUUCAAGAGAACCCACUGUUAGUAAGACGCCACUGAGUUCGCAGUCGGGAAAAGGAUAUUCUGGAAACGAAGAUAAUGGCUAUAUUGACGAGACGGAUGCAGAAAUCGUGUCUGAAUUACGAGAAAUAAAGGAGGAAAUAAUGGGCGGGAUCAAUAAUCGGGAUCGUUUGAUAGAGUGCAAUCGAGACAGGGUAAAGCAAAAACUUCAGGAGCGUCGAUUGUCUGCCAUGACAACGAAAGGAGACACGGAGAGGACUCGAGCUCAGGCUCUUCGUUCCCGUCAGGAUGUGGAUGAAAAUAAAAGUUUUCAACGUCUUCUUGGCUGUGACUCACGAAUUAUCCCUGAAUUCAUGAAACUCUACCAUCUUAGCGGUGUUUACAGCAAUCAGAGUCCGCGUUGGAAUCAUCGCUGGCGCACAACGUGUGGGAAAAAAACCAAGAUGGACUGGCCACGAAAGCCGGGAUCAAGAAUUGAUGAGAAAAUGUAA